UGCGUUUGUUGAAGGAUGGAAGAGGGUGAAAUCGUUGGGUGUAUCCUGCAAAACACGGUUUGCGUCAUCUAAUUCGAUUUCAAUUACUCACUAACGCAUCAAGAAAAUAAAGGAAGAGAGAAACAGAAAGAGAUCUUUCAUUUUCUCGGGAAAAUGGAGGAUUCUUUCUUUGACAUUGUGGAGUUUCUGAAGAAACCCUCGAUAACGGAGACAUUCGUCGACAUUUUGCUAUGCGCUGUUCCGAUUUGGCUGGCGGUCAUGAUCGGCUUGGUGAUUGGUUGGUCGUGGCGGCCGCGGUGGACGGGCCUCGUUUUCCUCGGCCUUCGCAGCAAGUUCCGCUUUCUCUGGACGGCACCGCCGGGCUUUGGAGCCCGCCGCCUCUGGCUCGCCUUCACCGCACUUUCUGCCUUCUCCAUUUGCCGCACCUAUUGGUUCAAUUUCAAAGGCAAGGCUAAGGCCAAAGCUCAAGAUCCCUCGCCUUCGCAAUCCGAUGUUGCUGAUUCCAAUUCAAUCAAACACGCUACUCGGUCUGGUGAUCAGGCAGAGGAGAGUGGGCAGGAUAUUGUUAUGCAGGCUGAUUUGGAACAUUUUCUUCAUCUUCUUGAAGGAAAGGAUGGAGUGAUGGACUGGCAAAGUUUUAUGGCGAGGUCAACACCAAACAUGCAAUACCAAGCUUGGCGUCAUGAUCCUGAGACAGGUCCCACAGUUUACCGUAGUAGAACUGUCUUUGAAGAUGCAACUCCAGAGUUGGUAAGGGAUUUCUUCUGGGAUGAUGACUUUCGUCCUAAAUGGGAUCCUAUGCUUGCAUAUUGCAAAGUAUUGGAGGAAUGCCCUCAUAAUGGGACAAUGAUUUCUCACUGGAUUAAAAAGUUCCCCUUUUUCUGUAGCGAUCGAGAGUACAUUAUUGCUCGAAGAAUAUGGCAGGCUGGAAACACAUACUAUUGUGUGACAAAGGGUGUGCCCUAUCCAAGUUUGCCAAAACGUGACAAGCCCAGACGUGUAGAGCUCUAUUUUUCUAGUUGGGUAAUCAAACCUGUGGAAUCUCGCAAAGAAGAUGGCCAGUUGUCUGCUUGCGAGGUUACCCUUUUACAUUAUGAAGACAUGGGGAUUCCGAAAGAUGUUGCAAAGUUGGGAGUUCGCCAUGGAAUGUGGGGAGCUGUCAAGAAAUUGCACUCUGGAAUGAGGGCUUACCAGAAUGCUAGGAAAACGGAGACUUCUUUGUCAAGAUGUGCAUUGAUGGCAAGUAAAACAACCAAGAUUUCUUCUGACAGAAACAUGCAUUCCGCAGAGCCUACGUCUUCUAUGGAAGAGGUGGUGCAAGCCACGAGUAAUACCGCACAAACCGGUCAUGGCAUCGACUGGAAGUGGGUGGCUGUAGGUGGCACUGUUGCUCUGAUUUUGGGGGUUCAUAGUGGUGCGGUAGGAAGAGCGUUGUUAUUGGGAGCAGGGCACAGACUUGCACGGCGGUGAGUGAUCUGGGAUCUGGUGGGAAAGGGCCGCUUAUCACCAUUCGGAAGAUUCAUCAUAAAUAUAUUUAGACCAUCAUAUUUUUCGCUAUCGAAUGCUAAUUUUGUGGUUAAUUUUUUUGUAUUAGUUUUCAUGUCGCCCUUGCGUUUUAGGAUGCGAAGCUGCUAUUACAUGCCUUUAAAAAAACUUAAUUACAUUUUUUCUCUAUAUUAUAGUCAAUGUACAAUUUUAGUCUCAGUUUUUCAAUUAUUUAAAUUAUAUUCAUUAUU